UGUUUGAAGAUUUGGAGCCAUGGGAGAUUAUGACAGGUUCGGAGAAAACAGGUUAUUUUCUUUCGCGAUUGAAGAGAUUCAAGAAUUCAACCAAAAAAUUCUCAAGAACAGUUGGAAAAGGGACUUGGAAGGGCCAAAAUAGUGGUAAUCCCAUUGAAGAUGGAUUAAAGAAGAAUACUACAAUUGGAUAUAAGAGAAGUUUAAAGUAUAAAACUGAUAACGAAAAAGAUGAAAAUAAUGACAAGUGGCUCAUGAAAGAAUAUUUUUUGCCAGAUGAGUACUUUAGGAAAAGCAACAAGAACUAUGCAUUCGUCAUUUGGAAAAUCAAAGAGAAGAAAAAAAAUGAGAAAAAGAAUAAGGGGGUUGUUAAUGAUGAUGUGAUGGAGGAAGAAGUUGAUGAAUUUAUUGAUUAUGUAUUAGAAAGCAUUCCUGAUAAUCAUCAAGUAAUUACCAACGGUGAUGACAAUCGAUUCGCGGUUGCAAACGAGGUUAAUUAUGAAGUGAUGAGGACAAAUUAUGAAGCAAGUACAAGCACAUUGCAUGAAGAUUACGGAGGAGAAGGCAGGAGUAAUUAUUUGGAAGGUGGUGGAGUUGAGGACUUUAAUGGAAUUAAUCAUCUACUAUUAGGAGUUGAGGAUAUUAAUGAUGAGAAUUGUUGCAUUGACUAUGAUGAGUUGCUGGAAAUUAUUGGAUAAAGUUAAGGUUUUUUUUUUUAGACUAAUUAAGUAGGUCAUAAUAGCAUGAAUGUACAUGUUUAUCUUUUAGUAGUUGCAUGAAUAUUUUUCUUCGAAUAUGCAGUUUCUUGUUUUAAUUCUUCUUAAUUUGGUUUUUAGUUAUUUGUUUUUUAUGGUUGGGGGUGUGCAUAUAUAAGAUAAAAUCUCCCAACUUCAUCAAGUUUUUUUCUUACACGUUAAUUAUAGUUAUGGCAUCAUCAUCUUCCUCCAUCUUCUAUCCAAAAACGUAGUAUUAACCUUAAUAUAUAACACGAUUAAGCUAGUAUACACAACUUCUGA